AGCGUCGCGUCGGGAUCCGUCGGGGGAAGAAGCGUCUGCGGUGAGGUCGUCGUUGAUUGGGGAUUGCCAGAGACGACGCGGCGGUGAUAGAUACGGACACAGGGGCGCGGUUUGUAGCCGAUCGGGCGUUAUCCGAAGGGAGCAGCCUUUUUACUUGCAUUGGAGUAACCCAAACUGCUCGGUGUUACCUUCUUCAGCCCGCCGUUCUUAGCCGCUCGGAUCUGCUACUAGCUCUGCAUCUCCAUUUGUGCAGUUCUUCGUAAGGAAAGAAGGCUUUAGAGACCCCGUCCUCGAAGUUAGUUCUCGGUAGUUUCGUGCAAUUUAGCCGAUUCUUGUUACCUUUCUGUACUGCAGCCGCUUGCGCUAUCGCUCUGGUCCCCAAAAGUUUACGACCUCGACCUCUCCUUUGCAGCAAGCGACGAUAUCCAAGCUCUCGUCGAAGCUUUGUUGUUUGACGCAUAGUCAUUAGACGCUGCUGGUCGCGGUCGCCGCUCGCGCCUUUUAGAAACUCUCCAACAAAACUCGCGACGAUCGCCGAAAGCUCUGAGUGAACGGCUUCGCGAUGGUGAUCUUCGGUUCCCCGACGACUAUUGUCAGCGAGCUCGUGAAGGAAGCUCUGCUGCGCUGCUUCUGUAACACGUGCAGGAGCGCACCCACUCUCGACCGCAACAAGAGUCAGCCAAUGAUUCUGAAGCCGCUGGUGAGGACGCGGCCUCCUCGCCGAACUGGCAUGCUCAUGGCGACAGAGGUGCGCUGCACCGAGCAGAGCAAGGGUGGGCUCAAAUACGACCUGGUGCUGGCCGACCCCUGCAUGGACUUGCCGCUCCGUAAGCCCAGCACUAGUCCGCCCAAGAGCAUUUCAGCCGAGGACAUUGAGAAGAAGCUUAAGGAGGCUGAGGAAAGGCGCCAGUCUUUGGAGGCGAUGAAGCUGAACCAGCUGAACGAAAAGCUGAGCCGACUGGCUGAGGUGAACCAGAAGAAGGAAGGCCUCACCGAGGAGUUCCAGGAGAGCGCUCGGCAAAACUACGAGAAGAAAAUUGAGACCUUCAAGGAGAAUCGCGAGGCACACAUCAAGUCCAUUCAGGAGAAGCAACGUGAACAUGUUAGCCGAGUGGAGGAGGUCCGCAAGUCUCUGGAUGCUCAGACGCAGGAGAUGCUUGCAACCAUCCAGAAAAAGAUCGAGAAUGCCAAUGAGGCACGUGAAGCUCAGAUUUCAGCUCUUCAGGAGCGCCUGAGGAACCAUGACAAGCACAUCGCUGAUGUGCGAAAGCAGCUGGAGGACCUCGUGGAUGAGAAGCGGGAGAAGAUCCAGAAGAAGCUCGACACUGCCCAGGAGAACCGGGCCUCCAUCUACCGCGAGCUGCAGACAAAGCUCCAAGAGAAGGAGAAGCAUGCCGAGGAGGUGCGCCAGAACAAGAACCAGUCCGCUGAGUGUCCCUCCCAGCAAAACACGGUUGAGACGGCCGUGUCGGGCUAAGUCUCAAAGCUACUCCAUUUUCCAACCCAGCCUUUGUGUUUUUAUUUCCUGUUCUUUCUUCAUUUCCCUAUUUCAGUUGAGUUUGCUGUUUGUAGUUGUUUUGAGCACAAGCUCUCCUUGUUCAACUAUCACCUCGUGCAAGCGCACUCUUAACCGAUGAGUUUGCCCCGCAGCAGGGCACUGUUUUCUUAGCGUAUCUUUCUGCCUCUUGUUUCCAGGAGGGUUGUGCCUAUACACGAACUUUUUUAGAGGACUGCUGCACAAUUAGGCUCUCGCCUAGGGCCUGCUGUCACUGCCUUACUUUUUCUUAUUUUUCACCUCAUUUAUGCAGCAAGCGUGCAGAUAUACACAUCAUAUAAACUUAUAUAAUGUUUUACAUCGCUUGUGCAGUCUUUCUUUUUUCCCCCCUCAAGCACAAAGUUAACCAAAUGUGUAAACAAGAACUUGCCAAGCACAUAGUAGCAGGUGUUUCUUUCAAUAACUAGUGUGUUGCUAUGGGUUUCUUUUCGUUUUCGAGGAGGUGCCUGCAGCGAGCCAUUGUCUGCUGUUCGUAGUACAGUUAAUGUUUGCCUGACUCGGAACGUGCAUGCUGCGUUUGAAAGACUGAUUUAAGCUUGGGAACAUGCUGUAUCUGCUCAUAGAGAGCUGGUGUGUGUGUUUGUGUGGUGUCAGGCAGGGUGUUUAUAAAAAAAAAAGCCCGCGACAUAUUUUGCAAGCUUUGUAACACCACUUUUUCCUUCUCUGCUUUUGGCCCCAUACUGAUCGGCAGAUUUUCGACGUAUCCCCUCUUUGUGAAAGCCUUCUGUGCCAUAUCUUGUAGCCUGCCUUGUUGCCUUACGUACUCUGUGCAAACCGGACCAAAUGUGCUUUUCUCUUGGCAGGGUCUCAGCUGCUGCGUCUUGCAAAGAAGACGCACUUUCUAAGUUUUAAUGAAUUCCAUAAGUUUGCUGCAGGACACUCCUUGUCAGAACUGGGAAGAAUUGAACGAGAUCAAAUCAAGCUCUUUACGAGGGCCUUGCCAGGUUCUCCAGGUGGCUGACAAUGUGCAAGUACGAAAGUGGUGCAUGCAGGCAUAAAUGUAGUGUAGCGUCCCUCUAGGUUAAUUUUGCCAAGGGACAUGUUUGACUCCUGUAAAAUACUUUUAGCCAUAUAUCUAAGGAGGCAGAGGGGGUGCCUCCCAUAUCUUUCUGGGCAGCUGUAUCUGGGCUUGCCUUUAUAACAGAGCUUGCAAAUCCCUGUAAACUUCUAGCAAAUCCAAGGUUAGAGUAAUGAUUGCUCAGGGUCUUGAGAACUCUUAGACUUGGAUAAACUUCAAGGGAAUUUCCACAAUAUUCAAGUGUUGAGUCAUUGUCAACUUUUCACUCGGUGUUAUGCAGAGCAUGUAAAGGUGUUUGACUGUGUGCUGUAUCGGUAAUUGCCAGAAAAACGAACAACUUUCUGUGAACUGGAUGUCGUGAGUGGUCAUUUCUACAGAAACAAAAAAAACGGCCUUGUGAUAACUGGCGUUCCCUUGUGAACAGCGGUGUUUGUCCCUGUGUGUGUAAACUGCUGUAGCUGUUGUAUCCUCCCUCUGGCGAACAUUGUGGAUCAAGGGUUGUCCAAUAUCGCAUCGGUUAUCUCAUCUUUUCAUUUCACGUUUUUUGCCCAAGCUACGCCCUGUAUCUAUCUGCAAGUUCAUAAAUGCCCUGUGUGCAGCCUUGCCCUGUGAAGUCAAUUAGUCAUUUUGCUCACUGUCUUUGCGACUGGCACUUGUGUAUUUCUUUUGUAAGUUAUGACCAAUAAAUCGAUAUGUUCCAUC